AUGGGUGACCAAGCUCCAAGUGCGAAGCAGCAGAAAUACGAUAGGCAGCUUCGAAUAUGGAAGGCUCACGGUCAAGCUGCGUUAGAAAAUGCUAAAGUGUGCUUGAUCAAUGCUACUGCUACCGGAACUGAAAUCCUGAAGAAUCUCAUAUUGCCUGGAAUUGGAUCAUUUACAAUUGUGGAUGGAAAGACCGUCACUGGUUCAGAUGUCGGCAACAACUUCUUCUUGGAAGUCGACUCGAUUGGGAAAUCUCGUGCUCAAUGUGCCCUCGACUUGUUAAAGGAGUUGAAUGAUGAUGUGCAAGGACAUUCUGAUGAUCGAGUACGCUUACGUCGAUUAAAUUGUUUGCUAUUCAAGAGUUUUAUAUGGAAUCUGAAUCCAUUCGCUCGCUCUCAAAAGGAUCCAGUGAACUUGAUUGAUACUCGACCUGAAUAUUUCAAUCAAUUCACAAUGGUUAUUGCUGUCGGGCUACCGGAGAAAUCAAACUUGAAGCUGGCUGAAACAUUAUGGGAUGCCAAUAUACCUCUUGUCCUUGUUCGUACUGCUGGCUUCUUAUCCUAUAUUCGUGUGGCAGUUAAAGAACAUGCCAUCAUAGAAAGCCAUCCAGAAAACCCUGUAUUUGAUCUUCGUCUUGAUCAACCCUUCCCUGAACUUCGUGACUUUGCUCUGGCGUUCGAAUUCGACAAGAUGGAUUCCAUAUCAUACUCGCAUAUUCCAUGGAUUGCUAUACUCUUGCGAGCCUUGCAGGAUUACAAGAACAAGCACAACAGUGCGACCCCAAGUCGAGCUCAGAUGCGUGAAUUCAUUGAAACGAGUUACAAGCGCUCUGAUGUCAAUGAUUUGGAAAACUUUGAUGAAGCAGCUGCCAACGCUUGGAGGGCACUAGUCAAAACAUCGAUCCGAUCCAACACUGCAGAAGUGCUGAAGCUGGCUUCAGAAAUGAAGCCUACACGAAAUACCAAUGAAUUCUGGUUUGUCGCCAAGGCAGUCAAUGAAUUUGUACAGAAUGAGGGACAAGGAAUGCUACCACUACCAGGAAACGUGCCUGAUAUGAAAGCUGAUACCAAAAAGUUUGUGGACUUGCAGUUCGUAUAUCGCAACAAGGCCCGUCACGAUGCUGCUAUUGUCAGGUCACGAGUGAAUGCUCUCCUCACAGAAGCUGGUCGACCGAUUUCAUCUAUAGCUGAUGAAUAUGUGGAUCGUUUCUGCAAAAACAUUCACAAUGUCACUGUGCUGCGAUAUCGAUCAUUGAGAGACGAAUAUAGCUCUCCAGAUCUGAAGAAGUUUGGACAACGGCUUGAAGAUGCUGACAACAAUUUUCGAUACUACAUCAUCUUCCGUGCUAUGGACCGCUUCUACGAGACACAUUUGCAUUAUCCAGGUGUUGCUGAGUAUGAACCAGAUAUUCCAAAGCUCAAGAAGUGUGCAUCUGCUAUACUUUCAAAGAUUGGACUGGUUGGUAAACAAGUGAAGGAUGAUGAUAUACAAGAACUUGUUCGUGCAGGUGCUUCCGAAAUGCAUACAAUGGCAGCUAUUCUCGGAGGUGCUGUAUCGUUGGAAGUCAUCAAGCUUAUCACCCAUCAGCAAUCAAUAUACGCCAAACCUGGACCUGGACUAGAGAUGCUCUUUACCGUAAAUAUCGUGAGGUGCGCUGGUUCUCUAGCGUACUUGAAAGUGAGGGUUACUGAUUGUGGUGAAAGGUCAAAGCUGUUGGCUGAACUGGAUGUAAUUUGCUCUUCACAAGCACCGGCAGUGCAUCAGCAGCUUGAUGGAGCUGGGCAAGUGUUGGCAUUGAAGGAGAGUCUGAAUGUUUUAGCUCGAGAACCGGUAGAUUUAGCCGGAGCAAAGGUGGUGUCUAGUGGUGGGAAUUGGUUGAAUGGACCGUCCACAUCACGAGAAAGUGGCUUGUCGUCUUGA